UAUUCAUUUGUUUUGCGAGGUCUAUGUUGUUGCAUCCGAAGAUAUGGAUUCUCUUACUUUUGGAGCACCCAAAUUUCUUCGUCAUUUAAUGGACCCGAGCUCAAGAAAGACCCAUGUGAUGGAGUUUGAUGUUUCAAAGGUUUUGGAGGAACUUAACCUGACAAUGGAUCAAUUCAUUGAUUUGUGCAUUCUAUGUGGGUGUGAUUAUUGUGACAGCAUUAAAGGUAUCGGUGGUCAGACAGCUUUAAAGCUUAUCCGUCAACAUGGUUCAACCACCGUUGACAUUAAUCAGCUGUUGACGUUAAAAACCCUAACUCUGAAAGAUGAGGGACAGCGAGUGUGUUUAGAAGCUGAAUUCAGGGGUUGGUAUGGGCUAUAAAGAGGGAAUUGAAAGGGGUGC